AGCAUAGAUGUAAUGGUACGGUCGCCUCCUCUGUCAACUUGAAAUUGCACAUUUCAAGGGCAGUUGUAAUCAGCGUGUGUAUUCCUUCAUUCUGUCUAUUGAACAGCAUUAGGAACAUGCUUUGCAGAGCUGGACAAAUACGUAGGUGUGCAGCCAGCCUCAGCCACACUAUUAGCAAGGUAGCUGCAUCGAGGCAGAAGCAUACUCUCCCUGACCUGACAUACGACUAUGGUGCCCUGGAGCCCUACGUCAGUGCAGAGAUCAUGCAGCUGCACCACAGCAAGCACCAUGCUACAUAUGUCAACAACCUAAAUGUUACAGAAGAGAAGUAUCAGGAGGCACUUGCAAAGGGAGACGUGACAACACAGGUUGCUCUUCAGCCUGCUCUCAAGUUUAAUGGAGGCGGCCACAUUAACCACACCAUCUUCUGGACAAAUCUCUCUCCAAAUGGUGGAGGCGAACCACAAGGAGAGCUAAUGGAGGCAAUCAAACGGGACUUUGGCUCCUUUCAGAAGAUGAAAGAGAAGAUGUCUGCUGUUACGGUGGCUGUGCAGGGCUCAGGCUGGGGGUGGCUUGGCUUUGACAAGGACAGUGGAAGACUUCGCAUUGCUGCUUGUGCUAACCAGGAUCCUUUGCAGGGGACAACAGGUCUCAUUCCCCUGCUUGGUAUUGAUGUAUGGGAGCAUGCUUACUACCUUCAAUACAAGAAUGUGCGACCUGACUAUGUGAAAGCUAUCUGGAGUGUAGUCAACUGGGAGAACGUGAGUGAGCGUCUUCAGAUGGCCAGAAAGUAGAAGCUGAUGCACAGCAACCACUAAGACUUGGAUCAAAGGGUAGUUGCCUGCAUUAAAUCAGACUUAUGACAGUUCAAAUCUUCAGAAGGUAACUGGCAUUUAAACUGUCUUUAAAAAUUUUUUUUUUUUUGGUACAUAUGUUGUACGUGGAAAAGCUGAAGCUAGCGGGCAAGUACUGUUUAUCUCUGGUCUGUUCUCAACUGCCAGUAAUUUUGAAAGCGCACAAUAAUGGACAACUUUAACAUCAAAGCUGGCUUUUGCCAUUCUCACAUCUUAUGAGUGGCAUACUAGGUGUAAGAUAACAUGAGUGCAUAUUCUUAUAGCUGUCUCAGUCAAGUUAAGCCACACUAAAAUCGGACAAUGUUAUUGCAGUCCUUGUAUUUGCUGUAUGAUAAUAAAAAGCAGAAAUUGUAAUAAAACGGUUGUAAAAGCUUGA